UUAAAAAACACACACACACACAUAACAAGAAAAACUAUUUCGGAGAAAAGGUUGUGGGCGUGUAGGUGUUAUUUGCACAGGUAGGCCGAGCAGCAGCUCUGAUCUGAUGUGUGCUCGAGACCUGCAGGUGAGCAUCACAGGUGGGAUGCAGGAUGGUUAAAACGUUGCCACGACUCUGGUUCUUGUCUCUGCUAUUGACAGACACCUGAGGCUCUGUGUGGGAUGAUGACUCACAAACCAACCGAUUGUUGAUGACUACAAAUAUUUUGUGCACGCACCCACGCUCCCAAGCACACCGCGGCGCGCGCUCCUCCACGUGCACUCUCUCUCACACAGCUUGCAUCAAAGCCUUUACGUGAAGCCAGACAGGAAGAGGAGAAUCUGAUGGCACGGACUCCUCUCGUCCCACCGAAACAAAUGCAUACCCGCUCCUCUCCUCGCCCAUGGACGAGCUAUCAUCCUGUUUCACACGGAUUUUCGUCGUGUGCACUGAAGCAGAGCUGAUCUUAUGGCAGCAGACAUCAGCCCUCCUCGUACCAUCGCCCAUCUGAUCCACUGUGAGAGAAAAUAACUCGACGAGAGGAAAAGUGAGAUGAAAAGCCAACAACGACCAUCACUGCUCGCCUUAUCGGCACUCCUGCUCUGCACAUUACAGCAGACAGCUGGCUCCAGCAGCAGCAGAUCUCAUGGCAGCAGCUCAGCAUCAGCAUCAACAUCAUCAUCCUCAUCAGAGGCUAGAGGCGGGAGGCAAUUGGGCUGGCUAACACAGACUAACAUCACUUCUAACUAUGGCAAUCACAGCCACGAAAGUAGGCCAUCACCAAAGCUAAAAGAGGUAACAGGCCAAAUGAACAGCUUCUCUUUCAACACCAGCAGAGGCGAUGCUACUGCUGUGAUGUCUGAAAGGUCUGGCAGGGCACUGAGCCCGGAGGAAGCUGGGGUGUCACCGCCAUGUGCUUACCGAGUGAUCGAGGGAGGCAUUGGCGGGCAGCUGUGUUUUCGGCACACGGUGUUGGGGUACAAGUGUCAUCGGGGAGACUGCAGGACGGUGGUGUCUUUGGGGAAUCUGGUGGCAAAUAUUCUUGUCAAUGGCAGCGUACUGUUACAGUGGACCCGUGAGGCAGAAACCACAAUGGCUGGCCAAGACAUAAAGACGAAAGAGACUGCAGCUGGCCAGAAGAGCAAUGGGGAUCCAGGGACAAAUUCAUCAAGAGAGGAACCUCUAAGAUCAAACACUGUUUUCAGUGGCCGACGCCACAGGCGGGCAGGCUACGAGUUAAACUGCUGGUGGAAUGGGAGCUAUACUCAGUUUGAGUGUGCUGGUGUCCAUCUUGGAUCUGGCUGCAGGGACUUUCUCCUGACCGAGCUGCACGAGAACAUCCCCUACCGCAUCUGCCUGCGCUCCCUGGCCCGCUCCGAUGCAGCUCAGAAAGCGGCCCAGCGGGACUGUGUCGAGUUUACCCUGCCGCCGUCCGGGAUGCAGGACAUUGUGAUCGCCAUGACAACGGUUGGGGGAGCUAUUUGCGUGAUGCUGGUCAUCAUCUGCUUGCUGGUGGCGUACAUCACAGAAAACAUCAUGAGCCCCACGACGCAGCACACAUACUCGUACCGCACUCACUCGCGUCACUGAUGUGACCCUGAAUCCAAGACGCACUGUUAAUAGAUAAAAUGGCCUACAUUUAACAUCCAUGGUGACCAUAUCUAAUCUCACAUUCCUAGUCACUCACUGUCAAUAAUACUUUUCAAUCAGCCACAUAAUGAUAUACACAUCCUGUUAUGACUAAUAUUAAGCACAAACUACUGUGGCUCUGCAAAUAACACGCCUUGUCAACCUCUGCGAGGAUGCACUGAACCAAAAGUACUGAUAACCUGCAUUUACUAUUAUACAGUAGUCUACUGUGUUAUGUUUUUGUUCAAGGUUGUCUGUGACGGAGUCUGUCGAUCUGUAUGCUGGCAGCAUUUAUACAGCAAUACAACUAAUGAAAUGGCUUUGAGUGCAUCAGAAACAGCAGUUUUUGCUAAAUGUGCAGCCUGUGAAAGUAUCCUGUCCUUGCUGCGACACAGGAAAUAAAUCUUUACUGAAUUGAUUUUUGUCCAUUUGACUAAACCAUCCCACCGUUUAGUUUUGCUUUUAAGUCCACCUACAGUAUGUAUUUGUACCAUUUUGUGAAGGGCAAUACAAUCUGGUGUACAAUCUUUCAAAUGCUGUGCCAAGCAUCUUGAGUUAGAAUGCCUUUAUGUCCUGCUGUCAGUGAAUAAAGUACCAUGAGGUCAUUUGUAAUACUUUA